AAUUAGAAAUGUUACUCUUCUCUUUCUUUGUAUUUCAAUAAUGAAACAUCUGAUACGAACUCUUUUUUCUCGCACAUCUCUGCUCUCCAUUUCUUCUCCUACAAAUUCAGCUUCUAGACGCCUUUGUCUCAACACGACUCGUCGUUUUCGCAACAACUCCUAUUAUCAUAGUCGUUUACUUACCUUCUCUCCUUAUUUGAACACUACUCAUCGUCGGCUCUUCAACACUCACACCACUAAUCCUCAUCAUAAAAAUGGCGGCACCACAGAAGAUGAAACGAGCGAAGAGGGAGAAACAGAUGGAUGGGAAGAGGAGGAGGAGGAUGUAGAGCCCCAGAUUGGUGAUGGUGGAGAUGGCGGUGGAGUUGUCUUGCAAGGCGUUCCGUGGGGCGAACGGGCUCUUGCUGUUGCCCGUGAGGUCUUGUCGCAGUCUGGCGAUGGCAUUGAACUCUUUGCUUUCAAGACUACUCCUCGCGGAUAUGUUUAUGUCAGGCUGGAUAAACUGGCUAACGAAUACGGGUGUCCUAGCAUGGAGGAGCUCGAAAGCUACUGUCGAGAAUACAAGAAAAGAUUGGAGGAAGUUGGAGCACUUGGAGAAAUACCUGACAAUUUGGCUCUUGAUGUAUCAUCUCCUGGUGCGGAGAGGUUAUUAAAGGUACCGGAUGAUUUAUAUCGUUUCAAAGAUAUGCCUAUGAGAGUAUGCUAUGUUGAAGAUGUUGAAAAAAAAGAUGGAGUCUUCUUUCUGGAUUCUAUUGAAAAAGAAUCAGAGAUUUGUGUGUGGAAGCUGGCAGAUGUGAAGGAGAACAGGGACCCUGAAAGCAAAGGCAGACCAUUAAACCGUAAAAUGAGAGAUUGGAGACUAAAAGUGCCAUUCAAAAUGCAUAGGUUGGUAACUUUUUAUGUCGAAUUCUGAAUUAUCUCGUUCUACAAUGUGUUUUAUGAACUAGGUUUGCAUUCAAAAGUUUAACGAGGAUGGAAUUGUAGGUACAGUUUUGCGAAAUAUUCUACUUUUAGCUGUGCUUAUAAAGCACUAGUUUUUGUAGUUUAGGUAAGUAUGCAUUUUAAAUCAUUCCCUUCACAACCUUUGGGGAAAAUACAGCGAGAGCGCAGCUUUUUUAUGUAUGCCCGAGCAUCUAUUAUCAGUUGUUGGGGUUUGUAUCUUUUUAAGUGAUUGACCUUGUUAGUUCUA